GACGAAGCAGAGGACGAACAAGAACUCCAAUCUUGAACAAGACGAAGAGAAUCCAGCUAAUAGUUGACGCGACUAAGGUUAUAAAAGCAAGUUGUUGAUAUGGAUGAGGAACGUAUUAAGGUGGUGGUCCACCAUUCUGGAAAUUUUGUGAGUGAUGAUAAUGGGAAGUUAAAAUUUGAAGGAGAGAGAGCAGAAUGGUCUUGUGAUCCAGACUUGUUGAGCUAUUUUGGCAUAGUAGCGUCAGUCAAAGAAUUAGGUCAUAUGGACAUCAAAGAAUUAUGGUACGGUUUAGGAGGUCAGUCUGUGCACCCAGAUAGGUUAGAAUUAUUAACUGAUGAUAGGGGUGUCAUGCACAUGUUGAACAUUGCUAGGUUAAAUGAUGAAGUUCAUCUGUAUGUGGUUCAUAAUAUGAUGGAACCAGAAAUAAUAGAAAUGAUUGAUUGGGUUGGUGGUCAAGUUGAUGAUGAAGGUGAUGUUGCAAGACAAGUGGAGGAGGUUGAGGUUGAGGUUGUUCGUGAUGGUCAACUUGGAACAGAAAUGGUGGAGGGUGAGGGGGAUACCCAUGAGGGUGAUGUUGAGGUCCAUACUGAAGUUGGAACAGAAAUGGUGGAGGGUGAGGGGGAUGCCCAGGAUGGUGAUGGUCUGGAUCAUACUGCAGUAGGAAGAAAAAUGGUUGAGGGUGAGGAUGAUGCCCAUGAGGGUGAAGGUGAUGGGUAUGAGGGUGAUGGUGAGGAUCAUAGUGAUGUUGGUACAAAAAGGGUUGAGGGUGAGGGUGAGGGUGAUGGUGAGGAUCAUAGUGAUGGUGGUACAAAAAUGGUUGAGGGUGAGGGUGAGGGUGAUGGUCAGGAUCAUAGUGAUGCCCAUGAGGAUGUUGAGAUCCAUCAUGUAGAGGAAGCUGAGGUACAUGAUGUAGAUGAUUUUGAGCUAGAGGAUUAUGGAGAGGAUGAUGAUGUAGAAGACAGUGAGGGUGAUGCACAUCAGGCAGAGACUGAGGACGAAGAUGUAGAUAGAAGUGAAGGAAGUCUAAUUGAUGUCAGCGUGCAUUGUGACAUUGGGACUUCUAAAGGAAAUGUGGGAGAACAAGCUUCCAGUGCCUUACUUGAGUCUGAACGGUCAACAGAUAAUGAAUUUAUUCAUGAUAUGUGUGGGUUGUCUGACAAUGAGUGGUUAUCAGAGGAGUUGUUUAGUGGAUCAGAUAGUGAGGACAAUCAUGUGAGGACUAAGAUAAGGUUUCCCACUUUUAGUAUGCCUAAAACUUUGGUGGGUUAUAAAUGGGAAGUAGGAACCUAUUUUACUGAGAAAAAUGAAUUCACAGAUGCCAUAAGGACUUAUGCACUAAGUAAUGGGAGAAGUUUAAAAUUUAUUAAGAAUGACAAGAAAAGGAUUUCUGUCAAGUGCUUGGGUGGAAGAGGAAAUUGUAAAUGGUAUGCGUAUUGUUCCUUUAGGACUGAUGUAAGUGCAUGGCAACUGAGAAAAGUGUUUGAUGUUCACAACUGUAAUAGAGAUUUCAAUGUAAAGUUGAUGAAUUCAAAGUGGUUGAGUCAAAGGAUGGAGAAAACUGUGAGAGAAAAUCCUACAAUGAAGGUCAUGGACAUUAGGGACAAAGUUACUAGGAAAUGGAAUGUAGGAAUUUCAAGAAAUAUGGCGUUUAGGGCAAGAGCAAUGGCAAGAGAUAAGGUUGAAGGAUCAUUCAAGGAUCAAUAUAGAAGACUUCACGAUUAUGGUCAUGAGCUGCUGAAAACAAAUCCAGGAACAAUAGUACAAAUUAAAGUUGAUAACAGUAAUGGUGAGGUCAUAUUCCAAAGAUUUUAUGCAUGCUUGAAGGCAUGCAAGGAUAGCUUCAUUUGUUGUAGACCUAUUAUUGGCUUGGAUGGAUGCUUUCUGAAAAGCAAGUAUGGAGGGGAGUUACUAACAGCAGUGGGAAUAGAUGGAAACGACCAAAUGAUGCCCAUAGCAUAUGCUAUUGUUGAGGUAGAAAACAAAGACUCCUGGACUUGGUUCUUGGAGCACCUUAUUGAGGACCUUGGUGGGGCAGCUGUAUGUGCAGGAUGCACAUUUAUUUCAGACCAACAAAAGGGUCUUUUGCCAGCAAUCCAAGAUCUUCUACCUGGUGUAGAACAAAGAUUUUGUGUUAGACAUUUAUAUUCAAACUUCAGAAAAAAAUUUCCUGGAAAAAACCUUAAACGUCUCAUGUGGCGGGCAGCAACAGCAACACACCCACAACAAUGGGAGACUGAAAUGAGGAAUAUUAGAGACAUAAAUUUAGACGCAUUUAAAUAUCUGCUUGCCAUCCCACCUAGGUUUUGGUCAAGAUCUAGAUUCACCUCUAGAUCACAAUGUGACACUCUUGUGAACAACAUGUGUGAGGUCUUUAAUAGUGUGCUAGUUGAUAGUAGGUCUAAGCCUAUUAUUAGCAUGCUAAAAGACAUAAGGGUUUACAUAAUGAAGAGAUGGGCUGCCAACAGGACAAAGAUCACAUCAUAUCAAGGUUCAAUCUGCCCCAAGGUUUUUAACAGAUUUCAGAAGGAGUCCUGGUUAACUAGAUAUUUGUUACUAAGGUGGUCAAGAGAAAAAUUAUUUGAAGUGAAACAUCUUUCAGAAUUUGGUCAGCAAUUUGUUGUGAAUGUUGACAACAUGGACUGCACAUGUAGAAAAUGGGCAAUUACUGGCAUUCCGUGUACUCAUGCCAUCACUGCAAUGAAAUUUUUGAAUAUAAAUGCAGAAGAAUACAUUGGCCACUGGUUUAGGAAGUCUACUUAUGAAGAGACUUACAACACAAUAAUUAACCCUAUCAAUGGACAACAUGUCUGGGAUGUUACACCCUAUGCAGAUAUAUUACCACCAAAGAAGAGGACAAUGCCAAGAAGGCCCAAGAAGAAACGAAGACUAGAGGAUUGGGAGUUGAAGAAGAAUAACAGUGAAUUAAGAAAGGGUGGGCAGAGGAAAACAUGUGCCAUCUACAAAGAACUUGGACACAACAGAAAAGGCUGUCCACAAAGACCUCCAACAGUAGAGGUUCCUACAGCCCAAUCUGUACAAGUCACCCAACCUCCAGCAACACAUGUUCCUAUUAGUCACCAAACAACUAUGCCUUUAUCUGAUGAAUGA